AUGCGUCGGUUGCCAUACGAUGUCCUGCGGCUGAUCGCGGAUCAUUUGCACCCUUCUGACGUGGCCUCAUGGCUUCUGACGUGUCGACGUUUGGAGCGUAAUAUUACCCCUGUUCUCUACGACAUGCCAAAGCCAUACGCAGCAAGCCUCUGUACCACAUAUAGAGAGGAUGUACAGGGUGAAGAUGAGAGAGAGGAAAUUAAGACCGGUGAGGAUGACGCAGGUAUUCACUCUAGAGCUUUGAUAGUGAUUUGGGCGGCCAAGCAUGGGCACGCCAAUACCAUCAGAAAAGUUGCGGCGGUAGAGGAGAUAUCGCCACUUCUUCACAAGCGCGUGCCUAGACAGGGGCUACAGGCAAGACUAGGGACGCUGGGUAUGACACCAAUGCACCAAGCUGCUCUGUACGGGAAUGUCGAAGUCAUAGAGCUGCUGGUUGGGCUUGGUGCCUCGCCGGAUGUCGCCGUCGGAGGUUUCCUACGACCACUUCAUCUUGCUCGAAACGAGGCAGUCAUCAAGGCCCUUGUAAAACAUGGCGCUUCUAUUCCUGAUGCUGAAGCUUCACCGAUAUCUCCUCUUGUCUACUCAAUAUUAGUUGGCUCUGAGCCAUCUGCUACUCGCUGCUUUUUGGAGCUUAGCUGCGAUCCCAACGCCCUCUCACCCCAAGGCUUUUCUGCAGGACAUCUCGCUAUACAGAAAGGGCAACUUGAAACUUUAAAGCUCCUCUUAGAUGCAGGCUUAGAUGUCUCGGAUUCCGCACCUCGGAUUGGAACUCUAAUCAGCCAUGCUAUCGUCACACAUCAAAGUUCUGAUCCAAGCUUGGCAUUGCAGAUGGUCACCUUACUGCUGGAUCAUGGCGCCCCCGCCCAUGGAGGCAAGAUGGUCCAAUGGGGCAGUUAUUUCUGCAUACCCUGUCUAUUGAGCAAUCUUCUGUUCGCAACUCGUGAGGAUAAGCCCGACGCUAUGAUCCGCCUGUUGUUGAGUCGAGGUGCUCGAACGGCAACGGGUGUCAGAUGGCCUAAAGAAUUCGCACGUUUAUCUGGAUGGAGCGGUUGGAGUGAUGCGGUCGCGGUCAGCUGGGUCAUACUUAUAAAUCCAAUUACUCAGCUCGCAUCUCGCGUGGACUGGUCUACAGCUUCCAGCAUCGCCGAGAGCUUUGCGACAUUAUCACUUCUUGUUGAUCAAGAUGUGACGAAGGAUGGACCCCGGCGGCUGUGGCGUGCGUUGCUGGCAGAGUUCACGAAUGUCUGGAGAGAUGAGACGUGGGAUGAACUGACCCUGUUCAUGCUCAACCAAGGCUUGGACAUAUUAUUUCAGAACCACGGCGUGGCUGAUGAAGAAAGGCUGGACAUGAUACUCGCAGCAGCCGAAAUAUUGGAGGGGUUCGACUCGAAGCCUAUACUCAAGACUGUGAAAAGCCUGUUGGAGUCGGGCGUAGACCCAAAUGCUCGAUGGAUGCACGCUUUGCGCACGAGGCUCAUGGAUGUCUGCAUGACCCAAAGAAACGUGAAGAUGGCCAAGGUGAUUCGGCUACUCAUUCAGCACGGAGCAGACGUGAAUUACUACGACUCUCGCCGCGGAUGGAUGCCAAAGAACGCUUUGGAAUGCCUCAUAUGGGAUGGGGAGAGCAAUCUGUGUCAAGAAACAGUCGAUCGUCUUGAAGCUCUCUUGUCCAGCGGCAAUCUAGACGUCAACCCUCCUGGGAAUGGCCGCUAUGGCCCACCUCUUCUUUCCAUGGCUCGGAUGAAGAUCGGGUCCUCCUUGUGCCGCGACUUUAGAAGAAAGAUCAUCUCGCUUCUGCUGAGGCAUGGUGCGGAUGUCAACGUUGUCUCUGGUUCUUGGAUGGCGUACCAAAGGAUAUUAAAAAAUUUGAUGAGCUCGAUGGUGACCUUGACAUCAAGCUCCGCCAUACCUAUGGGCCAAUCCUCACCUCUUCAGCCCUUCCUGCCGAUUUACGAAGUAACCUGGGUGAAGCAACUGACAGGAGAAAUUGACCCCAUCACUCCGUACAGAUGGGAUCUGAGGCGGGUCAGAAGCAUCUUCCCUGACUAUGUCUGUGAUGGCGGUAAUGUCCUACAUUUUGCAAGUGUCUGCGCCGACCCAGAGACCUUGAAGCUGCUUCUCAAAAAUGGCGAUCGAAAGCUCAUCAAUGCUAAAAGUACUCCCGGAUUCACACCUCUCAUCACCCUGGUCUACGCGGCGGCCAAUUAUCGAAUGUCAGUUGAGGAUUACAUAGCCAAAAAGAAGCUGCUUCUCAGAUACGGAGCCGAUACCUCUCUUCUAUCAACCAAGGGCCAGACAGCCUGGGAUCUAUGCAUCGAGUCCCAGGAGAAGAAACCGUGGCUCAAGGGAUCUGUGGUCCAUGAUUUACACCCAGAUGUGCGGCCAAAAUGGUAUGAGAAGCAAGUUAAAAAAAUGUUGUAUUGA